AUGCAAGUGUUCGCCAAAAACGAGGAUGGCGACGUGAUCGCUUUAGUUUUUUCGCCUUCGGACUCCGUGGCCGACGUGAGUUUGGCGAUACAACAUGCUGUCGGCUACUCGUCUGACCGUCAAAGGCUUCUCACUGUCACGCGAGGUUUUUUUCGAUUUGUGAUAGGGUAUUGGACAACUAGGCGCGAGCUCGCAUUUAUCUCACAAUUUAAAAUUUCCAAAAUGCUAGGUCGCGCCGAAAAAAUUGCGUGAUCGCGCAUAGAAAAAAGCGACAUUGUGAGGUUUUGUGAAAAAGAAAUGAGUGAACACAAUAAUAGAAAGUGAAGAUGUGAAUUGAAUUUUCGCGCGGCCGUUUCGGGUCUUAAAAUGUACGGCUUGUUUGCGAGUUCGUCAAUGUACCGCCAGCGUCUCGCUUUUAUCUCGGCAGUUAUUUUUUUAGUGUAUUCGACUGCUUAUUUGUACAUAUAGUGAUUAUUGUAUACCCGCUAUCAACCCAGUUCAAAAUCCGCUAUGAAGCCUGAAUUUGCCAGUGGUAGUGAUGUCAAAUUAAAAAUCUCAGUUUUGCACUAGGUUUUUUCAUAACUAUAUUUUGAGACGAGCCGUCUCAUUCGGAACUUGGUCCGACAAACGAUUUGACGAUCCAGUACGACAAGGAGUCUGACGGCGAGCUGAGGUCGGCUGUGAAGACCCACAACGGCGGAAUCCUGCGCAUCGAAGUCAAACCGAACCCCAGCGACGACGUCCUCACCAUCAAGGCCUCGGUCGAAUGUACGUUUCCUUUUUUGAGCGAACAAAGCACAUUAUUAACGACGGUACGCAGUUACCGAUUGCGUACUAACGCUUGAAUUACGGACUUUGAUGCGAAUGAAGGCUCCAAUUUUGUUUAAGUUUCUUUGGUGACUAUUUUGUUAACGAAUGUAGUGAAUUAUUAUGGGUAAGCACAAAAAUUUUUUGAAUUAGGGCCAUUUCAUGGUUUCCAUCUUGUUUUUGGACACUGUUUCUAUUGAAAGAGAUAUAUUUAGUACUUUCACGAUUUUUCUUGACGUAAAUUAGACCACAAACAAAAUAAUCACCGAAGAGAACUAGAAAAGCCAUGAUGCCUUAUCGACAUCAAAGUCUGCGAUUUGAGCUGUAAUUUGGAAGAUGCACAUGUAAUUAAAGUGAAGGUGGUAGACACGGAUUUCAAGAAGAAACCGAAUGAAUUAUAGGAAUCUGUGGAAAUUUUGUGAAUGAAGACGAUAGAUAAUUUAAUUGAGAUGAAGCAAUUGAUCGAAUGAAUAGAUUGAAUGAAUGAAUAUAUCGCGCAGCCGAUUCGCGUCAAAAUGUACGGCUUGAGAGGGUGACCCAUCGUCAGCAUUUUCCCUCUUUGCUUAUGUACAAAAAAAAUUGUGAUUUUUCUUUGCGUUACCUAUCGCGCUUGAUUUUUAUAAAAUAAGAUAGAAAAGAAGGAUAAAAGGGAUAAAAAUAGAAAGUUGAAAUUGAAAGAUUAAGAUGUUCAGUUGUCCGUUAAUCUCCGCUCACUUUGAAAAAUAGCGUAGCCUCUAUUCGUGCUCGGGAAAAAUUUUUUUUAUGGGAUUCCAAUUUCGGAAGAUUUGUUUUAGUAUGACCAUGUCCGAAAAACAUGAAAAAACUCGCGAAUUGACUGGAUGUGGCAUACUGUUUGUUUAUUUCACCUCGUGGUAAAAAUAAAUAAUGACCAAAAUACUAAAAUGGUUAUUUUUCAGUGGAAGACUCUUUCGAAGAGGCCAGCUACAACCUGCGCAAAAAUCCGCGGUAUACCGAAGUCAUCGAGGCGGUGGAACGGGCCAGGGCCGCCGAGGAGAAUGAUCACAAGUUCUCCUUCUCUUACAGUUCGUUUUAUUCUCUUUCCUCUGAAUUCAUAAAUAAUCCCAACUAACAACGGGCCUAACAGGCAAGAUGAUGACGAUGUACGUCAACGUCAAGACGAUGCUGGGACGAAUGUUUCCGGUCCGCUGCGAGGGCAAGGAGACCGUCUUGCAGCUCAAGGAGCGCAUCUCAACGAUCGAACAGAUUUCCGUGCCCAGCCAGCGGCUCCUUCUACCUGAGAGUUGGUCUUCGCUCUCUUUUUUUUCGUUUUGAAUCAAAUAAAAGAACGAUAUAAUUAUACGUAAAACUUACGCCAGCUUUUUGCGCGCGAAAGAAAAAUUCGAAAUUGAAAUAGAUCGCACUUUUUGAAGGGUGGCAGACCGCAAUCCCCACACAAAUCCCCGGGGAGGGUUCCAGCCGACAUAUAGAUUCAAUUGAACAAACAUAUUUGAAAGAAACAAAUCGUUUCUAAUUUGAAAGCAUUUUUGAAGAAUUAGAUUCUCAAGAAUAUAUGUCCAUAAACUAAUGGAAUAUGAUAAUAAUAAUAAUAAUAAACGUUUAUUCACAGCCCUUUUAAACAUUGGAACAAAUGAAAAAAAGGAUCAAAUAAUGGGAUAGGGAGAACAAUAAGAAUGAGAAAUUCACGGAAGCUUGUUGGACGUUUCUGAUUCUUUUUUUUUCAAGUGAUCACAGAAGAGGCACAAAAACCACUUGAGUGAUCAGUAAAUAGCUCAUAAUUGUGCAGAAGCGUACCUUUUUUGUACUCUAGAAAGUUUUCAAAUUGGAAUUGCAAAAACUACUCGGCUUCUUUAUUACAAAUUUAUUUCAGUCAACAUUGCUGAGCUGCCCAACGACAGCACACUUGAAAGUCUGCAGAUAAAACAAGGCGACGUCAUCCUGCUCAUCUACCGUAAGUCUACAUCUUUUCGACAAUGAGAUCAGGGUUUUUACUAUCUUGUGUGGGUGCAUAUAAGGAUGUGUCCCUCCAAAAUGAACUGAAAAAGUCAGCACCACAUUUUGAAUGAAGUAUAUCUCAGCCUUUCCACAAAAAUUUCAAACUACACUUACAGUUCAUUCUCCAAUUUCGUAA